UGGCAAGAUUUUGUAAUUCGAGCGUACGGGUGAACGGCGGUAGUAUGGUAGUAAACGUGUCGAUCAUAGAUAUAUAAAACACGAUCUGUGUGGUGAUGUAUGUACGCACAUACACACACACACACACACACACACAAAAUAUAUAUAGAGAGAACUCAACCAAACGGUAAAAAGCUGUUGACAGUAAAUAGGCAAGUAGGUGGCGAAUAAAUAAAAAUGUCCGCGCGUAAAUGAAAGUAAGUAAGUAGUUCUCCGGCAUUCCAAUUGUCACUUUCGGGCGUUGCCUCGCGUGAAACCGUUGCGUUUCACUUUCUAACACGAUGGACGAUAAUAGUGCAAGGUUAGCUACGGACAACGGACACGAGGUAGUUAAGGCCUUGUACGACUUCAAGGCCACAUUCGCCAAGACUCUCAGCUUCCGGGUUGGUGAGCAUUUCCUCUUGCUGCAGCGUAAUGUCAAACAGAAGAAUUGGUGGCAGGUUGUAAAUAGAGGAGGACGACUGGGCUAUAUACCAUCUAAUUAUGUUACCACUGUGAAAGUCCAACCUCAGUUUUUGAUUGAUUUUUUGGAAGACUGUAUAAUAACUUUGGAAACAGAAAAUAAUAAACAAGGUGACUCGCUCCAUACCGAUAAGCAAGAUCUUUACACACAGCUGGUGGAAAAGAAAAAACAAAUUGAACUAGGUAGAAAAUUUAAGAGACAGGCGCCUAAACCGCCAGAUUUUGAAUGUAGCAUUAUACCUGGAGAAACAGAUGGGGUGAUUGUUUGUGAUAAUAUAGAAGCGGAUGUUAGAUCAGUACCGAGCAAUACUUCUUAUGCAACGGCACGGACCACUCUUCAUGGCAAUGCAAAUGCAGAUGCCGUUCAGACAAUUACUCAAUCUCAACGACCAACGACGGAAAGUGAACGCGUACAAUCGUUUCCUCGUCAAUCAUCUUCAGAUACUGUGCAAAAAGUGCAGACACAGGUUACAGAUGUUCGUAAAAGCUCCUCCCAGGGUAGCAUGCAAAAUAUAUGUAGUAGCUCGCCGACUAAAUGCAACUUGCCAGCUAAAAAUGGCUCGCCUGUUAAGAGCAAUUCAUCAUUACAAGCCAUCAAUUCGCGAAGCGCUUACCAACUGCUCGAUCAAGUACGAAAAAAUACUCAACUUAGUCAUGAAAUGUCAAAGGUAGCAGUCACAGUCGUGGUCUCUGGCCUACAACAGUUGCUGCCAGAAACUGUGAGUCAUUAUCUCGAUGCUUUGUUGCAUCAGCUACAAACACCAUUGACUGUGUCAAAAAUGAGUAUAGAAGAAACUUAUGAUGCUAAUAGGUUGAGAAUAAUUUUUACCGAACUGACUUCAUGCAAGGAAGAUUCACAGCAAAGGAGUUGGAUGCUUUACGAAGAUGAAUCUAUCAUCGUGGAAUAUAUCAAAGAACUAACCGAAAUAUUGACCAAUGCUGAUGCAAAUGUAUCGAGAUAUGUUUUGAGGCAAGAUCGAUACAAUGGAGCAACAAUAUUGAUACAGUAUUAUCAAAUGGAAACAAGAUGGACUAUUAGACAAUUGUUGUUGCAAUCAUUUGGUGUUAUGUGCAGUUUGGAUUCAGUGGUUCUAACUAUAAUGUUAAAUAGUAUUUUACCAAUGGAAUUAGCAAGAGAUAUGAGAAGUAAUCCCAGAAAUGUAGUAAGAUUAAAUUAUUCCUCUUUACUACUUACAAUGAUCUUUUCAAUGGGUGAACCCAUGCCAGUUACACAUUUGGAACAACUCGGUCCAGAUUUUAUAUCAUUCCUCCUGGACUUGAUAGAAACACCACCUGAUACAGAUUUAGAGGAUCAGAUUCCAGACUUGUUCAUAAAUUUAAUAUUAUCCUACAAUCUGCAAUUUACAACUUCUGAGAAUAUGGUUCUAAAUGCUUUACGUGAACGGACUGUGGCCAAGACUUUCACUGAAAAAAUUUUAUUCCUUUUUAACAGAGAAGAGGAUCCGGUACGAAUAUUUGAUCAUGAGCCUCAACCGCCGCAUUCUGUAUUGAAACUUUUUAUCGACUUAUUUAGUAAUGAUGCCAUAGCAAGUCUCUUUUACACCAAUGAUGUAAAAGUUCUCAUUGACAUUAUUCUACGGCAACUUUUCGAUAUGUUCCCGGGUGAUAAGCGUAGACAAUAUUUAGAGCUUUGCCGUCGAGUUCUACGUACCUCGAGCUAUAACGAGCAUCGUCAUCGAUCUGAAGAUUUGUUAAAAUGUUUCACAAGAAUAUUCUGUGAGGAAACAACAGAGAGCCAAGAAGAUCAGAAAGUAGUACGCGAAAUUAGCAACGAAUUUCCACAUUUAUUUAAGAUGUGACAUUUAAUUUCAUCCUCUGAUCAAGAUUUAGAGGAAGAUGACUUGCAAACUCUCGUCUAAGUAUAGAUCUGUGAAUUUAUUAAAAAGAAAUCAAACUCACGCAAUGAGUUUUUGUUAGUCCUGGCUUAUUUUAUUUUAAUCUUACAAUUAGUAAAGGAAAUAGCGAAAUGCGCACAAUUCACGAAAUAUCGACGAUAUGUUUUAUGACUGCCAUAAAUGUCUUCAUUCGGUUGUGGUGCUACAAGAUGUCGUUUGUUGUAAUAUAUUUAGAUGAAAUUAUAAGUAUUUAGAGUGAAGAGAUAACUAUUUCGCGCAAAAUUAUUAUAUAUAACGCAUUAUUUAUAUAUAACACAUGAAAUAACGAAGAAGUCCUUUUCACUCUUAUUACGAGGACCAUUGAUAUUUAAAAGCAUUCCAAUAUUUGCAUAACUAAAUUAUAUCUUUAGUAGUUGUAUAAUUAAUCUCCAUAUUAAUUUAUAUAUAGAGAUUAUGUAUUGAGAGAUAAAGUUUAAUAUAAACAUACAGCUGAUAUACAUAUAUCUCUGUAUGUAUUGUUAAAAGAUGGAUAAAAAUCAAUUAUAUAAAAUUAUAUAUAGCAGUAUUUCUUCGUAAAAUAUAUAUAAUCUAGUCCACAUAUAUGUGUCAGAAUAAUAUUCUAAGUCAUAGAAAUUAAAUUCUAGUUUAUAUAUAGCUUAUUUUUCAGUAAGACAAGUACUUUCACAUCUGAAUACAAUGCCGUUAUUUAAAAAUUGUUUUAAUUAUAUAAAAUAAAGUUUAGAUAGGAAAACUUUCUCGUGAAUUUACUUAUAAGACUUACUAGGUGCCACUGUGCUAUCGGUAAACUUGCUAGUCUAUAAUUAGUGACUAUAUUUUUUGAAGCAUGUUAUUCUAUGUUAUGUUUGCAACUGUCAACAUGUCAAUUAUAAAGGAAUCUCAAAUUUAUUGUGAUUAAUUGAAUGUUAAAUAAAUAAAAAGUUUAGCUGAUAAUCCUCAGGCAAGGUAUUGACAUUUCCUCUUUUUCUCAUCAUUAGUAAUUCAUGAUUUAACCUAAUUAUUCAAUAGAAAACUUAUAUUAGUAAUAGUAAAAUUUAUAUUAGUAAUAGUAAAAUUUAUAAUAGUUAUAAUGACAGAUAUAACUAUUCGAGAUAUUUGUAUGAUCGGAAUAUUGUUAAGAAGCACUCAGAAAUAAAGUAUUUCUCCAUGUCUAAAAACUAGGAAAAUAAAAGAAAUAUAUAUAAACAAAAUAUAUAGACAAAUAUAUAUAUAAACAAACUGGACAAAAAUAGAUGUUAGAUUACAUAAUUUGCGUUACAUUUAGUUUUACAAAUGGACUAAAAAAUGUCGUUAAAAAAUAAUAUGAUAAAAGUAGGUAUAUGUUUUCUAUAUUGAACAGCCUCAGAGUCGAACUAACAUGAAAAAAGAGAUUUACUUAAGUGUAGAAAUUUCAGGUUCAGAUUUAAGUCGAGAAACAUUAAAAAUUUCUCGUCUCGUAUAACGAAACACACGCGCAUAAGAGGAAAAUUAUUCGUAUUGUCAAACAACAGAAAAUAUAAGAUUUUUAUCUUGUUUUAUUAAUAACAAUAAAUAUAUUGAUUUUUUUAACAAAAAAAAAA